UUGAAAAACGGAAGGCGCGCCAAGAAGAUAGAAAUUUAAAUACGCGAAAGACCCUUCGCCGGACUCGAACGAAAAUUUGCAAUAUUCUAACAAAGAGAGUGAAAUCAUUUCCGUUGUAGAAAAAAUUUACAAGAGAACUCAGCUGUAUUACACAAAGAGAGAAGAGAAGCCAGUUAUUACAGCCAACGUAUUUGCAUUUUGAAGCUCUAAGCGAACAACAAUAACAACAACUAGCAAAAAAAAAGCACAUAGAACAGCAUUUUCGAAAUUCUUGUGCCGCGCUAAACAGAGGAAAAUUCACAACGCAGAAUUUAGUUUUCUGAAAACCACAUAACGAACAGCAGCAGCAGAAAAAAGUCAAGCAAAAGUGCUGGCAUUUUUUUCACAAAAUAAAAGCAAAAAAUCGGAAAAAAAUAUUUGAAAUAAUUACAGAAUCUAAUUAAAAAGUAAAAAAACAAAUCCGGAAAUGAGGCAAAUUUCAAAAAAUUCGCGGUAGAACAUGAAAUGGUUUAAACGUGUGCGUAAAAAGUGUUGACAAUACUUUUUGCUUCUACAACAAACAACAACAACAAUAAAAUUUCAAAAUAACAAAAAAUUCAAACGUUCCUUGCUCAAACUCAUACCAAAAAAAAAAAUAACAAACCCAACAAAUUAUCUAAGUUAUUAUUUAUAAUUAAUAUUAAGUGCAUUAAUUUAUUAAACAAAAUCCUCAAACAAAAUGACUUUGACACGCCCGCAACCGCUGCACCACCAAAGCGAAAAUCGCCAACGCAACGGUCAUGUCCUUGUCUGGGAUCAAAACAGUUUUAAUGAAAUCUUUGAGGAAACCAAACCAAAACUCGGCCUCCUCCAAACCCGCUUCUUUGUCACAUUUAUGCUCUUCCUGGGCAUGGCCAAUGCCUAUGUGAUGCGAACAAACAUGUCUGUGGCCAUUGUGGCCAUGGUCAAUCAUACGGCCAUCAAUGAUGGUCAUGAAGAUGUCAUGGAUGAUGAAUGUCCCGAUGCGAACUAUACCGAAGUGGACCAUGGUCAAGACGGUGAAUUUGCCUGGAAUUCCGCCUUGCAGGGUUACAUUCUGUCCUCAUUCUUCUAUGGCUAUGUCAUAACACAGAUUCCAUUUGGCAUGUUGGCCAAAAAAUAUGGUGCCCUAAGAUUCUUGGGCUAUGGCAUGUUGAUCAAUUCCGUCUUUGCCUUUUUGGUGCCCGUGGCAGCUCGUGAAGGUGGCGUCUGGGGUCUGUGUGUUGUCCGUUUCAUUCAGGGUUUGGGUGAGGGACCAAUUGUACCCUGUACCCAUGCCCUGUUGGCCAAAUGGAUACCGCCCAAUGAGCGAUCACGUAUGGGUGCGGCCGUCUAUGCUGGUGCACAAUUUGGUACAAUUAUAUCUAUGCCGCUGUCAGGUCUCUUGGCUGAGUAUGGCUUCGAUGGAGGCUGGCCCUCUAUUUUCUAUGUUUUCGGUGCUGUGGGUACCAUCUGGUCGAUUGCUUUCAUUAUUUGGGUCUAUGAGGAUCCCUCCUCCCAUCCCAGCAUCGAUGAACGUGAAAAGAAAUACAUCAAUACCUCAUUGUGGGGCACCACAGAAGUUAAGAGUCCUCCCAUACCCUUCAAGGGCAUUUUCAAGUCAUUGCCAUUCUAUGCCAUUUUGCUUGCCCACAUGGGUCACAACUAUGGCUAUGAAACUUUGAUGACCGAAUUACCCACCUACAUGAAACAGGUCUUGAGAUUCUCCCUGAAAUCCAAUGGUUUGUUGUCAUCCCUACCUUAUUUGGCCAUGUGGAUCUUCUCAAUGGGCAUUUCCGUUGUGGCCGAUUGGAUGAUUUCCUCAAAACGUUUCAAUCACACACAGACCAGAAAGGUUAUGAAUUCAAUUGGUCAAUAUGGUCCCGGUUUGGCCUUGGUUGCCGCCUCCUACACUGGCUGUAAUCGUGUUUUGACCUUGGCCAUUCUCACAGUUGGCGUGGGUCUGAAUGGUGGCAUCUACUCAGGUUUCAAAAUCAAUCAUUUGGAUUUGACACCCCGCUUUGCCGGCUUCCUUAUGGCCAUCACAAAUUGUUCUGCCAAUUUGGCUGGUCUCUUGGCACCAAUCGCUGCUGGCAAUUUGAUUAAUAAUCAGCCCACAAUUGCCCAAUGGCAAAAGGUAUUCUUUAUUGCUGCUGCCAUUUACAUCAUAGCCGGUACCUUCUUCAAUAUCUUCGGUUCCGGUGAACGUCAGUACUGGGAUAAUCCCGACAAUGAUGUCAGAGACAACAAUGUCCUGGAGUCCCAGACACAUGUGUCCAGUCAGGAGGACAGUACCCGGAGACGGAUACCAGCAGCCAUAACAGCUAAUCAAUAAUAGUUUGUAAAUAAUUAUAAAUAUAGAAAAAAACACAAAA